CCUAAGAACUCUGAACUCGUAUUUCUGCCAUUUGCUAACUGCGUGACCUUGGGCCAAUGACUAGAUCUCUCUGAGCCUCAAUUUCCACAUUUGUGAAACAGGGAUAGUAAUGAAAGUCCUGGACACAGCUGCUGAGAAGAACUGGCAGGUGACAGCAGUCAACAUUUUGACAACCACAGAGGAGGGCUACCGGAUGCUCUUUCAGGACCUGGAGAAGAAAAAGGAGCGGCUAGUGGUGGUGGACUGCGAAUCAGAACGCCUCAAUGCUAUCUUGGGCCAGAUUAUAAAGCUAGAGAAGAAUGGCAUUGGCUACCACUACAUCCUUGCAAAUCUGGGUUUCAUGGACAUUGACUUAAACAAAUUCAAGGAGAGUGGAGCAAAUGUGACAGGUUUCCAGUUGGUGAAUUACACAGACACCAUCCCAGCCAAGAUCAUGCAGCAGUGGAAGACCAGUGAUGCCCGAGACCACACCAGGGUGGACUGGAAGAGACUGAAGGUACGGUUUGAAGGCUUGACAGGAAACGUGCAGUUUAAUGAGAAAGGCCGCCGGACCAACUACACCCUCCAUGUGAUUGAAAUGAAGCAUGAUGGCAUCCGAAAGUUCUCCAGGUUCCUGCACUAGAGAAGACAUCUGCUAAGUUACUUGCCCUUUGGAUCCUCAGUUCCUGCGCCUAUGAAGUGGGGACAUAGCACAUAUACAGCAGCUCCUGAUCCUUGGUCAGUGAACGUUGCCUCUGGCAGUGGCUACUCACAGGUAUGGCAAAUGUCAAGGAGGUGGCAUGUGACUGAGAUGGCUUGUUUCUUCCUUUCAAAGCAUUUUGUUCUUUAAGAUAGCUUUGUGGUAAAUCAGCCUUAGGGGCACAGCUCCCCUUUGCUAUUAAGCUUAGGCAUGGCAGCCCAGUAGGCUGCCUAAGUUCGCACAGUGAGCCAUGGCUGAUGGGGACCUCGGUUCGGGCCCUGACUCCCCAGUCACAGUCAUGUUCCUGCAGCCGCUGCCAUAGCUGCGGACGUCAGAGUGACACAGUCAUUUUCAGUGACUGAGGGGAUGGGGUGCUUGGAGAAUUUUGCUGCCCUAGAGGGGACACUAGUCACAUGGCCCACUCCCCAAGCUGUCUCCAUUUCCAGUGCUGAGAAGUGUGGCAUCACCCCCGCCCUGUGGGUGGAAUUGAAUGUAGUUCUUCCAUGGGAGGCCUUGGCCAGGCAGGCCGGUUACUGCCACAUAGAAAAUUGUUGACCAGAGACCCGGGCGGAGUCUCCCUCAGAUCCUCCGAACGACGGUCUUUUAUGCUCAGGGAAAAAAACCCUGCUGUUUCCUGGAGGAACAAAUUGACAUUUCUAU